GUGAACUUGAGAACUUCAUACUUCAGUCGUUCACCAUGGCCGUGUUUUCUUCUCUUACUCCGGUGUUCGUAGCGGUUUUGUGUGUGAUUAUCGGAUUUCUCUUCAAAAACUCCCAGAGGAAAGAGAGCAGAUCAAAGCAGAAGUCUUCAGACCAGACAGCCAGACCAUGGGUGGACGAGGAUCUGCAGGAUGAUACAGAAAUCAGCACUAAAGACAACGAGGAAGAUAACGAAGACUGGAUGGACACAACAGAGGAAGAAAACUUACCUCAUGUCCCCUACAGCCCAGUCCAGUACUCGGUUUCUGAGAUGCUGGACCGCUCCGAGAGGUUUUACUCGCUCAUGAAUCUGAGACGGUCUGUCCGCUUCAUCAGUCCAGAAUCUGUACCCAAAGAAGUGAUUGACAAUGUCAUUCGCACCGCAGGCACUGCACCUAGUGGAGCUCACACUGAGCCCUGGACGUUUGUGGUGGUUUCUGACACUGACGUCAAACACCGGAUCAGAGAGAUCAUUGAGGAGGAAGAGGAGAUCAACUACAAGCAAAGAAUGGGAGACAAGUGGGUCCAGGACCUAAAGAGACUACGGACAAACUGGGUGAAGGAGUAUUUAGAUGUCGCUCCGUAUCUGAUUCUAGUAUUUAAGCAGGCGUAUGGAGUUCUGCCCGGGGGCAAGAAAAAGACUCACUAUUACAAUGAAAUCAGCGUGUCCAUUUCCUGUGGCAUUCUGCUGGCUGCUCUGCAGAAUGCCGGUCUGGUUACCGUGACGACGACUCCUCUGAACUGCGGCCCUCAGCUCAGAUCUCUCCUCCAGAGACCAGCCAAUGAGAAGCUUCUGAUGUUACUUCCUGUUGGCUUCCCUGCAUCUGACGCCAAAGUGCCCGACCUCAAGCGAAAAGAUCUGAACGACAUCAUGGUGCUCGUGUGACAUCAUUACUGAGAAUAUAACAUUAUAAACAGACCAAAUGAUGCACCUAUUUUCAAUGAAUGUUUGUGUGAUGGAAAUGAGGGUUUGGAAUAAUAUCUUUAUAUCUUACCACAAUACAGUAAUGUAAGCUUCACAUAGUGAGAUCUGCUGUGAUUUGGCAAACAUUAAAUAAAUGUUUUAGCAUUUUUUAAUUAUG